CGACGCUCCAGUAAGGAAGAGCAAAGCAAAGGAUUCAUUUUUCUUCUUAAGAGUGCCACCGAAAAAAAUGUCGGCCGGACUCGGAAAAAGCAGCAAAAUCCGUCACAUUGUUAGGCUCCGACAAAUGCUGCGGCGGUGGAGGAACAAGGCUCGCAUGUCGGCCAGCCGGAUCCCGUCCGAUGUCCCGGCCGGACACGUGGCUGUCUGCGUGGGGACGAGUUGCAGGAGAUUUGUCGUGCGCACGACAUACCUGAACCAUCCCAUCUUCAAGAAACUCCUUAUCCAAGCCGAGGAAGAGUACCGGUUCAGUAACCCAGGCCCAUUGGCGAUCCCCUGCGACGAGACCGUUUUCAAAGAAGUCAUCCGGGUCAUUUCCCGGUCGGAGUCGGGUCAUUCCGCCAGGUUCGUCAACCUUGAGGACUUCAAAGGCAGCUGCCACGUGGGGAUGGGGAAUAAGCUUGAUUUGUGGAUCGAAUCUCGAACUUUACUUCAUGGGUUCGCUGAGAAAACAAUAUGGUGAAUAAAGAAACAGUAGAAAAGGAGACACUUUGAUUCCUACCCGAGGUUUUUUACUCAGUUCCGAGUUAGCUCAAGUGAGUAAAAAUCAUACGCUGCUGAAACCAUCGAGUUGACCAAAUUGCAGAAGUAUUUUUUACUUGUUAUUACUUACAUUGUAAAAACGCAAGUGGUUUUUUUUCCCUUCUUUUUCCUAAAUUGGGGGUAAACGGCGUUGAGGCCACGGGUUUUGAGCUCCGGUCAUUGGGAGAAUGCAUGGAGAUGGCAGAGAAGGUGGGUGAGUUAUCCAACGAGUCGUCCAGGUUCGAAUCAGAAUGAUUCGAAAGGAAGAGGUGGACUUCUAGACACUUGAAGUGAUUGUUGUUAAUUAAAAAUUACUGCUGUAAAUUCUGUGAUAUACGGAUUGGGCAAAGAAGAAU